AUGGCAAGUGAAACAGAGGACAUUAAGUAUGAAGAGAGUUUCAUUAAGAACACUCGAGGAAUGAAGCUCUUCACGUGCAAAUGGGUACCAGCAAAUCAAGAGCCGAAGGCUUUGAUCUUCAUUUGCCAUGGAUAUGCAAUGGAGUGCAGCAUCACCAUGAACAGUACUGCGAGGAGGCUUGUGAAGGCAGGAUAUGGGGUAUAUGGGAUUGAUUACGAGGGGCAUGGCAAAUCUGAUGGGCUUAGUGCUUAUGUUCCAAAUUUCGACCAUCUCGUUGAUGAUGUCUCUGCUCACUACACAUCCAUUUGCGAGAGAGAAGAGAAUAAAGAGAAGAUGAGGUUUCUGCUUGGGGAAUCAAUGGGAGGAGCUGUGCUUUUACUAGUACAUAGAAAGAAGCCUGAGUUUUGGGAUGGGGCCGUCUUGGUUGCUCCAAUGUGUAAGAUCGCUGAAGAAAUGAAACCAAGUCCUUUGGUUAUUUCGAUACUGUCCAAACUCAGCGGAGUGAUACCCUCGUGGAGAAUUAUCCCUGGCCAAGAUAUUAUUGAGACUGCUUUUAAGCAGCCAGAAAUCAGGAAACAGGUUAGAGAAAACCCUUACUGCUAUAAAGGACGCCCACGUUUGAAGACUGCUUAUGAGCUUUUGAGGGUUAGCACCGAUCUCGAGAAGAGACUUAAUGAGGUUUCAUUACCGUUCAUCGUUUUGCACGGAGAAGACGAUAAAGUGACGGACAAAGCGGUGAGUGCAGAACUGUACAAGGUUGCGUCGAGUUCGGACAAGACUUUUAAGCUGUAUCCUGGAAUGUGGCACGGCUUGCUCUAUGGCGAGACACCAGAGAACAUCGACAUUGUUUUUGCUGACAUCAUUGGUUGGUUGGAUAAGAGAGCUUCUGCUGGGAAUGGAGGGUUUGAGUGCGAGCUCAAACGUAAAAAUGAUCCUUUGAAAGGAUAG